AAUGAGGCAAGGGCCAUGUACAAUGGAGGUACGGCCGGCCUCACGUACUGGAGCCCUAACGUGAAUAUAGUCCGUGACCCGCGAUGGGGACGAAUCCAAGAAACUCCCGGAGAAGAUCCUUUUGUUUCUGGGAAGUACGGUGCCAGCUACGUCCGGGGACUUCAAGGCUCCGGCAACGGCGACAGUCUUAAAGUCGCCGCCUGUUGCAAACAUUACACCGCAUACGAUCUUGAUAACUGGAUGGGCAUUGACCGUCUCCAUUUCAACGCUAACGUUACAAAGCAAGAUCUAGAAGAUACAUUUAACGUGCCGUUCCAGACCUGUGUCAAAGAGGGAAACGUCGCAAGUGUGAUGUGUUCUUACAACCAGGUUAACGGAAAACCGACAUGUACUGACGUGGAUCUCUUAAAGAACAUCGUCCGUGGCGAUUGGAAUCUUAAAGGGUAUAUUGUCUCGGAUUGCGACUCCGUGGAAGUGCUUUUCAACAAACAACAUUACACCAAAACUCCGGAGGAAGCAGUUGCGGCUUCCAUCAAAGCCGGACUAGACCUGGACUGUGGGGCGUUUUUGCCGACCUAUACGGAGGGCGCGGUCAGAAAGGGACUAUUGAAUGAAUCCGACGUGGAUUAUGCCGUUGUCAACACCUUGACGGUCCAAAUGAGACUCGGCAUGUUCGAUGGGAACCUUGGUCCGUACGGUAAUCUUGGACCAGGAGAUGUAUGCACUCGGGCCAAUCAAGAUCUGGCCCUUGCAGCAGCUCAUCAAGGCAUUGUCCUUCUCAAAAAUUCUGCCCGUCACGCGCUUCCUCUUAACCCAACGCGCCACCGCACCAUAGCUGUCAUCGGACCCAACUCGGACGUGACCCAAACCAUGAUCGGAAACUAUGCAGGAAAACCAUGUGCUUACACUUCUCCACUACAAGGUAUCUCUAGAUAUGCACAAACUUUGUAUCUCCAGGGCUGUGUGAGAGUUUCAUGCACCGGAAACGAACAAUUCGAUUCGGCCGAGAUGGCAGCGCGUGGGGCCGACGCUACCAUCCUCGUGAUGGGAACAGAUCUAUCCAUAGAGGCGGAAUCACUAGACCGAACGAUUCUGUUAUUGCCAGGCCACCAGCAAGAGCUCGUGUCUCGUGUGGCGCGAGCCUCAAGGGGUCCAACCAUAUUAGUCCUCAUGAGCGGUGGCCCCAUCGACGUGUCAUUCGCCCAGUAUGACCCAUUUGUCAAGGCCAUCGUCUGGGCCGGGUAUCCGGGUCAAGCCGGUGGAGCCGCCAUCGCCGAUAUCAUCUUCGGCAAAGCUAAUCCAGGUGGGAAGUUACCGAUGACGUGGUAUCCAGAAGAUUACGUGGACAAAAUCCCGAUGUCGAACAUGGCCAUGAGACCGUCGGGAGGUUUCCCGGGGAGGACGUACAAGUACUACAAUGGCCCGGUGGUUUACCCGUUCGGAUUUGGCUUAAGCUACACCACUUUCAAUCACACCUCCCUACAAGCUCCACCGACCAAGAUAUCAGUCCCGGUUUCAAGUCCACAAACCUCGCCCUAUUACGUAGAAGUCUCCCAAGCCAACUGCGAUAAAAUACCAAAAAUAUCCUUGAAGGUAGAUGUAGCCAACACGGGGACGGUCGAGGGGAGCGACACUCUCUUCGUGUUCGCUAAACCUCCGGUCGGAGAGGCGACCGCGCUGGGUCUGAUCAAGCAGGUGGUCGGGUUCGAGAAAGUUCUGGUCGGGGCAGGGGCAAAAAAGACAAUUCAAGUUGAACUUGAUGUUUGUGAGCAUCUUGCCGUCGUGGGUGAGAAUGGGAAUAGAAGAAUCCCGUUUGGUAAGCAUAAGCUGUACGUUGGGAAAGUUAGAUACUCUAUUCAGGUUCAACCAAGCCUUGGGAAGAACUAA